AUGUUGGUUGGCGAUGACAUUGGCGAGAGCACGGAGGGGACAAAGGUUGAGGUUACUGUCGGGGACAUUGAUUUGGAUCAACCUAGAGCUGUGUUAUCUCAGUUGAACGUUUGGUUGAAUGAUGAAGGUCAAGGUGUGGAACGAGGGGUCCAAUUACGGAAGAGGAAGAGGAUUAUUCCUAUGUGGAAGAUCGUUGAAGCUAGUGAAGUGGUUAAAAAAAUUUGCCAAAGACAACCGGACUUCGGACGUUAG